AUGGUGGAACAAGAAGUUCCUUCCUGGAAUGCAACUCCUGUCUUGCCCCAACUCCUGAUAGCCACAGGAGGAAGACAAAAGCUGCAGCAGCCCAACCUAUUUUCAUCUUGCCUGCGUGACUUCCUGAGCUGCUGCCUGCAGAGAGACGAGGCGCGGCGCUGGUCUGCCAAGGAGCUCCUGCAGCAUCCAUUUGUAAGAUUUGCUGAGCCUGCGUCCAGCCUGGUGCCACUGAUUGUUUCAGUGAAGAAGAGGAAGGAGACAAGAAUGUGAUAAUCACAUCAGGACUAUUUAUUCCUCAAUCAGUUUAGAGUAGGAUUGUAGGUUAGGAUUAGGAUUAGGAUUAGGA